AUGGGUCAGCCCGACAAACAUGUAGAACAAGAACGCAUCCGCGAAUUGUCAAGGUCCGAUCCCUCACUUUCGUCAUCUCCCCAGGUGAUCAACACUAACCAGACCAAAUCGGACAGAUAUUACUGUGUCUUCAAUCGAGAUGGAUCGUCCGAUCACGAUCACCAAUACCAGCAAGGCCACGACCACGAGCAACCCCCGCCCCUCCGCCUUUCAACAGACACAACCCUCACAGCCCUAACCCAAUUAGGGGUCUACCGCUUCGCCUGCAACAGAUCCUUCGUCUCAAUCAUCGACGGUGAAAGCCAACACCUAAUAUCCGAAGCAACGUCCUCCUCCUCCCUAAAACAUGUCACAAAACACGCACCAGAUGAUGGAAUCUUCCUCGGCGUCCAAACUCUUGAUCUCCAAUGGGGCGUCUGCCCGCACGCCAUAGCCCUCUUCACAGGAAAGGAUAUAUCAACCAUCCAAGGCACAGAAAAUGUCACUGCGAAUCCGACCCGCAAUAUCAUCCGCGAUUUCACUAAGGAACCCUUCUACAAGGAUCGUCCUUAUGUAACCGGCUGGCCGUAUUUCCGUUUCUAUGCUGAAGUCCCGCUUUACAGCCCGUCGGGGUAUGUGCUUGGAUCGUAUUGUGUUGUGGAUGAUAAACCGCGCAGUGGAUUUGGGGAUGAGGAUGUUGAGGUGCUAAGGGAGAUUGCGGAUGCGAUUGGGGCGCAUCUUGAGAAUGCUCGGAUCGUGCAGUAUCAUCGCCGUUCUGAGAAACUUGUUAGGGGGUUGACGGGAUUUGUGAAGUGCCAUUCGAAGUUUGAUCCUACUGUUAGUUCUACGCAGGGGAUGUUGGAGGGGAAGGCGGGGAGGCUUGAGUUGGGGGAGUCGAGGAAGGCUGUCCAUGGAGGAGGUAGUGGUGAUAUGGGUGAGACGAGUGUUUCUUUGAAUAUGGGGCAGGAUGUUGUUUCUUCGACUCUUGGGGAGACUUCUUCGAAUGGGUUUACCAGGAAGGAUUCGUCGAUUUUCUCGAUGGCUGCUGGUUCUGCUUCUACGAUGCCGUCUUCUAUUUCGCGCAGUUCGUCGGAGUUGUCCGAGCAGGUUUCUGCUGGGUUGGAGGGGCCGACGGACUCGUCUUCUGUGGAGAACUUGCCCAUCUCUGAGCGGAUUGCUGCUAUUUUCACCAGGGCUAGUGGGCUGUUGAAGGAUUCGUUGGAUUUGGAUGGCGUUGUUUUCCUCGAUGCUUAUCGGAAUGACCCUCAAUUUGAAAUGCCUGCGCAGACCGAUGGGUGGGCUGAUUUGCCAAGUUUAAGUUCUGACGGAGAGACUCCUAUUACUCCACGCCCUACACACCUUGGUGUAUCUGAUGGAAUCUUACCAAGAGAUAGAGAGAGAUUCUGUGGCUUCUUGGGCCACGCUCUCAGCUCAUCAAAUGGCAAUAACGACCCAAGACUCCAAGCUGCAGUAUCGGAAGAGCUGCUGCAUCUGUUAAUUACGCACUUCCCCCAGGGUCAUGUAUUCACCAUGGACAGCGUCACAAGUGAUGAUGAUUCCGAGCCCUCCGCAGGUGACAUUUCCGAUGCCUCGCCCCAUCAUUCAAAUAUACUACGACAUAUCUCUCAUCGCCUGGCCCGUCGCCUCCCAGAAGCUAGAUCUGUCCUUUUCUACCCGCUCUGGGACUGGAACAAGUCGCGGUGGCUGGCCGGCGCGUUAGUGUGGGCUAAUAGCAACCUGCGCCCUUUGGGCAUGGAAGACCUACACUACUUCCAAGCGUUUGGUGAUUCUUUGAUUUCUGAAGUUUCUCGCAUCCACUGGACCGCCAGCGAGAACUCAAAAUUUGACUUCCUUUCUUCUGUCAGUCAUGAGCUUCGCUCUCCCCUUCAUGGAAUCCUGGCUAGCGCUGAGCUGCUGCAGGAUAUUUCGCUUGAGCCUGCACAUCGAGAUAUCGUGAAGAUGAUUUCUACUUCUGGGCGAACUUUGCUGGAUACCAUGAAUCAUUUGCUCGAUUUCUGUAAAAUCAACAACCUGAAAUCAACGUCAAAGACCACCAAAAGGACCAAAAGGAACAAAAGGACCAAAAACAGGCGUGUCAAAGACGAGAGAACUACCCUAGUUUCCGAAUUCAGUCUCGGAAAUUUAGUCGAAGACGUCGCUGUCAUACUACACACCGGCCGACAAGCACCCGGAACUCUUUCAUUUAUGGCAGAUGAGGAGGCACCCGCUGGCUCCUCUCAGUCUACCUAUCAGCACCGCAAAACCGAAGACGAACUAUCUAUGGUAGUCCGGAUCGAGCACCAAAACAAAUGGAUCAUCCGCUCAGUCGCCGGUGCCUGGAGAAGAAUCGUGAUGAACCUUCUCGGCAACGCAAUGAAAUGGACGUCGGCUGGAUUGAUUGAGAUAUCGCUAUCAACAGCCACAGACCAAACAAAUUCGGCCUCUUCGCUUGCCCAUCUCCGCGUUGCAGAUACAGGCCGUGGCAUUGCCCCGGAAUUCCUCAGACAUUCCGCCUUCUCACCAUUUACACAGGAAGAUGCUCUCUCCGAGGGUGUGGGUCUUGGUCUCAGUGUUGUGCACCAACUGGUGAAGUCAUUGGGUGGUUAUAUCAAUAUGAAAAGUGAACUGGGCGUUGGGACUCAGGUUGACGUUUAUAUCCCUGUUCAGCAUUUGGUUGAUCCCGUUCCUGCCAAUAUGGUUGAUAGCUUUUCACGGGAAACAACAGCGAGUCCGAAGGAUUCGCUCAAGGCUUGUCUCGUUGGAUUCAAUGCUUAUCCAGAUUUGACAGAGACGCCUACUGGUAUCUUGAGCUCCGAUGCUAAACGAAAACUUGCUAUCCAGAGUAGCAUUGCUGGUGUGCUGAUGGCACAGUUGGGAUGGCGGAUUUCACUGGCUGAGUCUCUUGAGAAAGGUGAUGGUGAUGUUGCUGUCAUCGAGGAGGCGGCGUUUAGAGCUUUGUCUCAGGGGUACUCGUCGCCCACUUCUUUACCCAAGCAUCCAUUCAGAUUCUUCAUUGUCUUGGGCAGCAUUGCAUCCUUGUUAAGCAACCAGAUCCCCUCUAAUGCCAUUCUAGUCUCGCAGCCAUUCGGUCCGCAGAAAAUAUGCAAAGCAGCCGAAAGAAUCAUGAAGCUUUACGACGAACAAUUGCAAAUCGAAAAUUCCGCCAAUACCGAAGAGGUUCCCCCUCCAUCCAUACCAGAGCAACCCACGGCCCACUUACCCGAUGGGCUAAACUCCAUCCCACGACAACCAUCCGCUCCCUUAGUAGCACAGACCGAGCUCCCUAUCUCUCCACCACUGCAUCCAAAGAAACCAAUCCUGGAUGUGAACGUCCUCAUUGUCGAUGAUAAUGAGAUAAAUCUGAAGAUCCUAGCAACAUUCAUGCGCAAACUCGGCUGCAGCUACGAUACAGCUUCAAAUGGCCUAAUCGCAUUCGAAAAGGUCGAGUCUUCAACCCGGAGAUACGAUUUUAUCUUAAUGGAUCUAUCAAUGCCAGUAAUGGACGGUCUAGUCUCGACCAGCAAAAUCCGCCACCACGAAAAAGAAAACGGCCUCAACCCAUCCUGCAUCUUCGCUGUUACGGGCGUUGCAUCCGAUAAUAUGCAGCAGGCAGCUGUUACUGCUGGUGUCGAUGAUUAUUUGGUUAAGCCGCUUUCUUUGAAGAAGCUUAGUGGGCUUAUGGGGAUUUCUUCCUAA